GGCAAAGCAACACCAAAGUCCAAGAGUCAGCCGAAACCCAAGGCAAAGCCAAAGGUAUCUCCCAAGGUGAAAGCACAAGCAACCAAGGCAAAAGACAAAGCGACUUCAGCAGCAUCACCAGAGAAGAAGGAGAAGAAGAAGACCGAGACCGAGGAGAAGAAGGAAAAGGAGACAAAGGAUAAGGAUCUAACCGAAUCACAAAGGCGAGCGCAUGCUAUGUACAUGAAGUAUUGGCGAUCGGUGAACAAGAGCAAGGACCAGCAAAGUGCCCUCUACGAGGACUUUUGGGCAUGCGGAGGUGAGUGGACAAACAGUGCGAUCUACAAGGAGAUCACAAACAGUUCUGAAAACAAAAAGAGAGGUGUGCGCAGAUGGCUCACCCGUACCCAAAUGUUGCCUUUCUUUGAUAACGAUCCCGACAUAGUGGACGGAAUCAUUGCUCGAAAGCUCGCUGACGAGCAGCUUCGUGAGUCUGAGGUCCGGGAUCACCCCGAGCUCCCGUCGGUCCAACAGUACCUAGUUCUGGUACAGGAUGAAGAAGAGGCGCUCGAAUGCAGCCGCAUUGCUGACAUCUUUCGCUUGAAGGACUCAGGAACAGGCCGUGAUGUGAGCGACAGCGACGCGUCCGGAUCCUCUGACUCGGAAUCCGAAUCCGGGAGCUCUUCCUCCCAGUCGGAGGAGAAGAAGGGUAAGAAGAAAGGUAAGAAGGGCAAGGUAUCCAAGUCGAAGAAAUCAAAGAAAGACAAGAAGGGAAAGAAGGGAAAGAAGGAAAAGAAUGGAAAGAAUAAGAAGAAGAAGAAGAACCGCAAGAAGAACAAGAAGACCAAGAAGACUCCCGAAGAAGAGGAAGCCGCAAAGAGAAAGGAAGAACACAAGCAGUCGAUCUCUGACCUGAAGAAGGCUAGUAGUGCUAUAUUGUGUGCAUAUACGCGUGCAGGCACAAACUAUCUAUAA